UUUGGGUAGGUUCUAACAAAAUUAAUAUUAACUAAAUUUUUGGAUUUUUUUCUUGUAAAUUUACCGUGUUUCGCCCGCUCUUAAAGAUGAAUUCAAUUCGCUUGGUUCGCACUCUUACAAAAUGUAUUUCAGUGCGCCCGUACAGCAUGGCUCCAUGCGAGAUCUUGGAGCUGCUUGAGGCGGGCUAUCAGAAGUUGGCUGAUUCCGACUCCAAGUCCCUGUUGAAGAAGCAUUUGACCAAGCCAAUAUUUGACAAGCUGAAGACUAAGGUGACGCCCUCGUACUGCUCGACACUCUUGGAUUGCAUACAGUCCGGCUUGUGUAAUCUCGAUUCCAAUGUGGGCAUCUAUGCGCCCGAUCCGGAGGCCUAUCAAACAUUUGCUGAAAUCUUCGAUCCGAUCAUCAACGACUAUCACAAAGGAUUCGGCAAGGGCGCCAAGCAUCCAGCUUCCUGUUUUGGAUAUGGUGCGGACUUCCCUGAUCUCGAUCCGGAGCAGAAGUUCAUUUUGUCCACACGUGUGCGCUGCGGACGCUCCAUACAAGAUUUCCCGUUCAAUCCGUGCUUGAGUGAGGACGACUACCGCAAGCUGGAGUGCAUGAUUACGAAGGUAUUGAGUACUCUGUGCAAUGAGCACGCCGGGAAGUAUUAUCCGCUAGUCGGCAUGGAGAAGGAUGUCCAGCAGAAACUGAUCGAUAAACACUAUCUGUUCAAAGAGGGCGAUCGAUUUCUACAGGCAGCAAAUGCCUCGCGGUUCUGGCCGACGGGGCGUGGCAUCUUCAUCAAUCGGGCCCGAACCUUUCUGGUGUGGGUCAACGAGGAGGAUCACAUAAGGAUUAUCUCAAUGGAGAGAGGCGGCGAUCUGGGCCGCGUCUACGAGAGGAUGAUCAUCGGCCUCGAGUCUCUGGCUUAUUCACUCAAGUUCAGCAGCGACAGUCGUCUGGGUAACCUGACUUUCUGUCCCACCAAUCUGGGCACCACGAUCCGCGCCUCGGUGCACAUAAAGCUGCCACAUCUGGGCAAGGACAGGGCCAAGCUGGAGGAAAUGGCCAAGAAGCACAAUCUACAGGUGCGUGGCACCUCCGGCGAGCACACGGAGGCCAAGGAUGGCGUCUACGACAUCUCCAACACUCGGCGCAUGGGACUUACCGAAUACCAAGCUGUCGGGGAAAUGCAUAAGGGCAUCUCCGCCCUGAUCGAAGCCGAGUGCCAGGAGUGCUGUAAGAAGUAGGAAAUCUAAAAUGCAUGCUGUUUCAUUUGGUUCCCAUUCUCAUUCAUUUAUCUCUGCAAAUGUAUUCAGCUGGAUCAGCUUACAGGACGUUAAAUAUGUUCGAUCUAAGCGUACAUUUCAAAGAAGGUAAACAGAUUAGAAUAGAACAUAAUUUAUUUAAGUUUACAUAUUUAGA